CACGAGCAACAGGGUCUGUUUCGUGGUUCUCUCCUAUUGCAGCGAUUGCGUCUAUCAUUCUUUUUCUAACUGGCUAAGUCCAGUAUUUCUUUCGUUCGUAUACCACUGAACCUUGAAUCUUGCUUACUGAAAUACCUUAUCCACGUCACUCUUUUCCAUGUUCACAAGAAUGCGUCUCGCCAACACCGCCGCAGCGGCUCUGGUCGCGCUCCCGUACGCAUCGGCGCAACUCAACGAUCUCGCCAAGGCCGCUGGACUGAAGUACUUGGGCUCCGCAUUGGACAACUCGGAGUUGACUGAUACGGCUUACACGGCGAUCCUCUCGGAUGUGUCCGAAGUCGGGCAGAUCACUCCCGGCAACACGCAGAAGUGGCAGUACAUCGAGCCUUCCCAAGGGACGUUCGAUUUCACCAAGGGCGACGUAAUUGUGGAUUUCGCCGAGACCAACAGCCAGGUGAUGCGAUGCCACACUUUGGUAUGGUACAGCCAGCUGCCAUCAUGGGUCAGCUCCACCACCUGGACGGCAGCCGAAAUGACCUCCAUCAUUAACGUCCACAUCGCCAACGAAGUCGGGCACUACAAGGGCCAAUGUUACGCGUGGGACGUAGUCAACGAGGCGCUGGACGACUCUGCUGCCUUCCGCGAUAAUGUCUUCUACGAGGUGCUCGGCGAGGAGUACAUCACGCUGGCCUUCAAGGCGGCCGCCGAGGCCGACCCAGACGCCAAGCUCUACUACAAUGACUACAACAUCGAAUCCACGGGCGCUAAGCAGGAGGCUACCGUCAGCAUUAUCAAGAACAUCACCGCCGCUGGCGCGCGCGUGGAUGGCGUGGGCAUGCAGGGGCAUUUCAUCGUGGACUCCAUGCCCAGCGUCGAGAGCAUACAGGCGGCUAUGCAGAGUUACAUGGAUGCCGGAGUGACUGAAGUGGCCUUCACGGAGCUGGAUGUCAAAUUCUCGAGUGUGCCGGCAUCGGCUGAUGGGCUCGAGGAUCAGGCGGCGGCUUAUGCUACCGUUGUCGGUGCUUGCCUGGCCCAGAGCGGCUGUAUCGGUAUCACCCUCUGGGGUUUCAGCGACAAGUACUCGUGGGUCCCCACCACCUUCCCCGGCGAGGGCGAGGCGUGUCUGUAUGACGAUACUCUCUCCAAGAAGCCCGCGUGGACCGCGGUGAGCAGUGUGCUUGCCGCUGCUGCUACUGGCUCUGCUGGUUCUACCACUAGUGCUGCCCCUGCUUCAGAGACUUCCCUGCCCGCUGCCGCCAUCUCUGUCUCGGCUGCUUCCAGCCAGGCUUUAUCCAGCAGUGUUGCGGUCUCAAGCCAGCCCCCUGCGACUAUCUCUGCCGCUGCUGCUGUCACCAUGUCUUCCACUGAAGCUGCUGUGCCGACUACCACCAGCGCGCCAGCGAGCAUGGCGAGACCCAAGUGCUCCAAGACCCGAAAGGCGAAGCGUGCUAUUAGCCCGCUAUAAAUCUGAAGGGGCGAGGCAUUGGCACUUGUGAGAUAAACUCUUGCAUGGCUGGCUACGCUGAGUAGUAAUCGGAAUGGAAGACACAGUCUCGAAGAAUGCGUCCCGAGUAGAUACCUGGACGUUGCACCGUGGGCGUGUAUAUGGUUCCGUGUAUAUAGUUUG